UUAAAUAUCGCUUGCUUUGCUUAUCACUUUACAUAAAGAGUCUUUCCUUCAACAACAUAACUCUGCCUUUUCUCAAUAUAUACAACGCAAACAAAGAAAGAAAAACACAAAUCGGAUCGUCUGAAAUGGGGAAAGACACCAACUGGUCUCUACUUAGCCGCCUUAAGACGGCGGUGAAGAAGGUUAAGAUCCUACUAAAUCUCGACAUCAACCGGUGGCGGCUGGUGGCUUCGUUUAUUGGCGCUUCUUCUCCAACGAAGAAAAACCACCGGCUUAGCUUCAAUGAAAGACCGGGAUUAAGGGCUUGUACGAAUGAUGAUGAUGCAGAAUCAGAAUAUUCAUUUUUUUCUCCUUCUUCUUCUUCAAAAGGGCUGUAUAGAACUAUAAGCUAUCCUUCAGAUCAAGAUGAUAUUGAUAAUCGAGCUGAGUUAUUUAUUGAAAAUUUUCGCCGGCAACUGCAGAUUGAGAGGCAGAUUUCUUUAGAGCUUAAAUAUUUACAAGGGAAUAGUAAUAGCUUCAAAUUGAGGUCUCCAUGAUUAUAUUUUUGAAGCUUGAUUGAUUGAAGUU